AUGGCACUACUGAUAGUACUGAUUACCUGUUUUGUGAUUAUUUUUGCUACUUCCCAGCCUUGCCAGACCCCUGAUGACUUUGUGGCUGCCACUUCUCCAGGGCAUAUCAUGAUGGGAGGUUUGUUUGCCAUUCAUGAAAAAAUGUUGUCCUCAGAAGACUACCCCAGAUGGCCAGAAAUCCAGAAGUGUGUUGGCUUUGAAGUAUCAAAUUUUCUUCAAACUCUUGCCAUGAUACACAGCAUUGAGAUGAUCAAUAAUUCAACACUAUUAUCUGGAGUCAAACUAGGGUAUGAAAUCUAUGACACUUGCAUAGAUGUCACAGAGGCAAUGGCAGCUGCUCUGAGGUCUAAGUUCAACUGCUCCAGAGAAAUCAUGGAGUUUAAGUGUGACUAUUCCAGAUACAUGCCAAGGGUUAAGGCUGUCAUAGGUGCUGGCUACACAGAAAUAACCAUGGCUGUCUCCCGGAUGUUGAAUUUACAGCUCAUGCCACCUCCAUACUUUGGUUAUGAAUCAACUGCAGAAACCCUAAGUGACAAAAUUCGCUUUCCUUCAUUUUUACAGACUGUGCCCAGUGACUUCUACUAGACUAAAGCAAUGGCCCACCUGAUUCAGAAAUCUGGAUGGAACUGGAUUGGCAUCCUAACCACAGAUGAUGACUAUGGACGACUGGCUCUCAACACUUUUGCAAUUCAGACCUCAACAAAUAAUGUGUGCAUAGCCUUCAGAGAAGUUCUCCCAGCCUUCCUCUCAGAUAAUACCAUUGAAGUCAGGAUCAGUCAGACACUUGAGAGAAUCAUAGCAGGCCAGGUUAAUGUCGUUGUGGUAUUUCUGAGUCAGCUCCAUGUUUUCAAUCUCUUCAGUAAAGCCAUUGAAAGGAAUAUAAAUAAGAUCUGGAUUGCUAGCGAUAACUGGUCAACGGCCACCAAGAUCACCACCAUUCCUAAUGUUAAAAGGAUUGGCAAAGUUGUGGGGUUUACCUUUAGAAGAAGGAAUAUGUCCUCUUUCCAUUCCUUUCUUCAAAAUCUGCAUAUGUUUCCCAGUGAUAAUAACAAGCCCUUAAAUGAAUAUGCCAUGCUCAAGGCUCUGCCUGUUGCAUAUACUAAGGACAGUGAUCUGAGUCAAUGCAUUUCCAACUAUUCUCAGGGGACUUUGGCCUACAAGGCUAAUGAGGAUAUAGAAAGGAACUUCUCGCUGAGAAAUGACUUCCUGUGGGAUUACACUGAGCCGGGACUUGUUCACAGUAUUCAGCUAGCAGUGUUUGCCCUUGGUUAUGCCAUUUGGGAUCUGUGCCAAGCUCGAGACAGUCAGAACCCCAAUGCCUUCCAACCAUGGGAGGUACUAACUCACUGAAAAAAUGUGACGUUCACAGAUGGAGGGAGUUCAUUUCAUUUUGAUGCCCAUAGAGAUAUGAAUACUGGAUAUGAUGUUGUGCUCUGGAAGAUCAACAGCCACAUGACUAUUGCCAAGAUGGCACAAUACGACCUGAAGAAUGAUGUCUUCAUUGUCACAGACCAAGAAACAAAAAAUGAGCUCAGGAAUCUUAAGUGUGCAAGGCCCCAAAUCAGUGCUUGUAAUGAAGCUCUAGUGGAAGCUGAGAAAACAGAAGUACAAGUUAGAUGCAUAACCAAGGCUUCCAGUGGUGACCGACGCAAGAGGAAACUUGCCUAUUUUAUUUCCACUGGGCAUGGAAACGCCUUUAACACGAGCGGCACGGAGCUGCCUCAGGAGGAAAGUAGUCCCGCCGUCAGGUCGCUCCCGGGCCCCGCCUGGCGACCGUCUCAGUCCCCGUCCCGGGUCGCCGGCUGGGGGCGCAGUCCGGGAACCCAGGGGGCGCACGACAGACUCCGGCUGCGCAUCCGGGGCUCCCCUGGGAGCUGCGCGGGGCGGGGCAGGCGUCCCGGGAGCUCGGUCCCUGGCUCCGGCUGGGUUUCGGCCGGGAGACCAGGGCGCAGCUUGCUUGCCAACGUCGGGCGCCUCCUGCACCUCCGCCUGGGACGCAUCCCCCGCUGCGCCCCGGGAGCGCCCCCAGAAGCCGCGCGGCUGCCCGUCACGUCUCUCCGGCCCCCCGGUCACCCCCAGUACUCCAGCGGCGGGGCCCCCGGCGGCUCGGAGCCCCCAGGCUCCUGUGAGCAGGGACUGGGAACGGCCUGGGAGGGAGGGGUCCGCGGAGAGGCGGGCGAGGAGCCGGGGCUGGGGGACGGAGGCGUGAGCGUGCACUGGUCUCUGUGCCAUCUCUCGGUGCCUCCGUACAUCCCUGUCGCUGUCGCAGCAGGGAAGGCCCAUAGGGUCCCCGCCGAGCACAAGCCGUCGCAAUUAGUCAGGGAAAUCCUGCUGUGGACCGGGCGUUUCACAACGAUGGAGGAGAUCCCGCCUCGGAUUCCGCCAGAAAUGAUAGAUGCUGCAAGUAACAAAGCGCGACUGAAAGCUUGUUACAUAAUGAUUGGACUCACAAUCGUCGCCUGCUUUGCAGUGGUAGCGUCAGCCAAAAGGCUUCCCCAGAUUCUUUCAUCUGCUGAUCACUUUUUACCAUGAAGAGCAGCCCCACAAAUAUUGGGAGAUAUCUGAUACAUCUCUGUGAGUCAUCCUUUCUCUACUCUUAAUUUCUCCAUCCGUAACAGCUUUCCUCUAUUUUGAGCUCUCCUCUGGACACACUCCAGUUUAUCAGUGUCCCUCUUCAUUGUGAUACCUGCAACUGAGUCCCUUAGAGUGCGAUUAUAACCUCUUUGUUUUUGAACACUGCAUUUUAGUAACACAGCCAGAGUUGGAAAUAGAUUUUGGCAGCCACAUCACACAGAAUAGUUUGCCUGGAUCCAUCUUCACUCUCUAGGCACAUUUAGCCAAUGACCAUUCUGCCUAGACCUAUGGUCCUGCUCUUCUUUACUUCUCAGGUUUUCAAGGGUAUUUGAGCCCAAUAUUUCACACAGGGACUGGGUCUUCUGAGCUUACUGAUGUUAUAUACAUGUCUACUCAUUUCUGUUGGCUCAGCAAAGAGCUUAUGCUUUGAAAUUAUCCUCAUCAAAUGGAAAAUUUCUUAAAUGUUUGCUGGGCUGAACACUUAAACAUAGAAAUAAAGAAAUUCAGUCAUCUCUUGUUUUUAACCUAUCCUAGAUAAAAUGACUGUCUACCCAGUUGGUGAUUCUCUAGCUCCUAAAUGAUAGAUUGGAUUUUGAUACUACCUGGACCCUCCGUGUUUCAUACCAUCUCCCCUUGGUUCCUUAUGCUUCAGCCACACUAGUUCUUUUUUGUUUUUUAAGGUGUCAGACCCUUAUUCUCUCUAGGCUUUCCUUCCUUCUCUUGGCCUUACUGUAGCUGACUCAUUCUCCUUCUCAGUGAGAGCUUCCAUGACCACCCCAUCUGAAAUGGCCUUGCUCAGGCACUCACUAUUUUAUUAUCUUUCCAACUGCUCUUGAGUAAGUCGUUAUAUACCAGCAAUCCUGUUGACUCCACUUAAGACUAUAUGCACAAUUGGACCACUCCUCACCAUCUCUCUUGAUAUCACCCUGGUCUGAAAUAACCACCAUCUGUUGCCUAGUUUAUUGCAGUAUCUUUUAAAUGGUCUUACUCUGUCUCUCUUGCCUCUCUCCAAUUCACCUUUCAUUUUGAAUAAUUAAUGCAUGUACCCUAAAUAAGAUGGUGUCAUAUAGAGAUGGAGAAAUGGUUAGCAAUUUGAGAUGUAUUGGGGGGUCAAAAGGAUAGAAUUUUGUGGUAAAUUCAAUGUGGGAAGAGGAGAGAAAAAGGAAGAAUGACAUCAAAAAGCCUGGGUUUUUGCUUUGAGCACCUAGAUGGAUGGUGCUGCCAUUUGUUGAGAUGUCUAAG